CCCACCCACGCCACGCUCCGAAGCUUCCCUGUUCCCCUCUCGUCUCGUUUCCUUCCCGACGAAGCAGCGGCGGCGGCGGCGGCGGCGGCAGCGAUAUCCGCCGAUCCCCUCCCGAAUCCCUUCUCCGUUCGGCCUCUCCCCGCCCCCCUCUCCCCCCGCCGCGCGAUCGCCACCGCCGCGGGCAUAACAUCCGGGCCGGCCGCCUCCGCCUGGGCGGAUGGGGAGCGACGCGGAGCCGGCCAAGGGGCUGCUGCCCUACCUGCAGCGCGCCGACGAGCUGCAGAAGCACGAGCCGCUCGUCGCCUACUACUGCCGACUCUACGCGAUGGAGAAGGGGAUGAGAAUUCCGCAGAAGGAGCGCACCAAGACCACCAACUCUCUCCUCAUCUCCCUCAUGAACCAGCUGGAGAAGGAUAAGAAGUCUCUGACUUUGGGUUCUGAGGACCACCUUCAUGUAGAGGGGUUUGCAUUGAACGUCUUUGCUAAAGCAGACAAACAGGAUCGUGCUGGACGAGCUGACAUAAACACUGCGAAAACCUUCUAUGCUGCCAGCAUCUUCUUUGAGAUUCUCAACCAAUUUGGUGAGCUUCAGCCUGAUCUUGAGCAGAAACAGAAAUAUGCCAUCUGGAAAGCUGCUGAAAUAAGAAAAGCUCUCAAAGAAGGACGGAGGCCUGAAGCUGGUCCUCCUGGUGGGGACAAAGAUGAAACACUUGCCAGCACCACGACAGUUCCCCAUGAUAUGGGGCACAGCCAAUCCUUUGGUACUGGUCAGCAUGGAAACGAAUCAUCAUCUCAGCAUAUAGACAAGGAUUUUAGUAGGAGGGAUAGCUUCUCUGCUGUCCAGCCAGGAAAUAAUGCACCCCGGCAAAGUACAGAGAAGUUCAAUGACCAUUUCUCUGCCCAGUCACCUUAUUCACCCCCACCCCCACAAUCCCAUGACCAUGUGUCUGCCCAGUCACCUUAUUCACCACCGCCCCCACAAUCCCAGUUUUCAUCUCCUGCACAGUCGUCUUAUUCCUCUCCGUCAUACCAAGGAACAGAUUACCCUUCUUCCGAUGUUCACAAACUACCCCACAAUUAUUCAUCUGCCCCGUAUACAAGCACAGAUUACCCUACCAAUGAGGUCCACAAACCACCAUCUAAUUACUCCUCACCCCCAUACACUAGAACAGAGCACCCUUCCAAUGAAAGCUACAAUCCCCAGAGCAAUGAUAAACCAGAUGUUUCUGCUUAUUCUCACACAUACCACCAGCCACCCUACACGAUUGAACCCCAGCACACAUCUCAGAACUACUACUCUACGGAAACCCCAGCUGCUCCAUACAACUAUCCUAAUUUUCAGUCCUAUCCAAGCUUUCAGGACAGUUCGGUGCCUUCCGUGCCAAAUCAUCAGUCUUCGUUCUAUCCUGCUAGCGAUGGUACAACCGCUGCAUCAUACUCCCCUUCUGCAUCAAAUCAUUCUGUACCAACACAGUACCACCCUAGUCCUGAUGCUACACAUCAAGUUACCCCCCCUGCUCCCGCACCACCAGCUAGCCAGUACAAGUAUGAUAGCAGCUACCAGCCAGAAGUUGAAAAGAUUGCCGAAGCUCACAAGGCAGCAAGAUUUGCAGUUGGCGCCCUUGCAUUUGAUGACGUAUCAGUUGCUGUUGAUCACCUGAAGCGUGCUUUGGAUCUUCUGACGAACCCUUCCGCUGAAACUCACUAGCUCUCUGGCUUUCUACGGUCUUCACAGAAAACAUCUUCUGUACAUAUAUGCUACACUGGUACUUACUACGACAUGGAGAUGUUGGUUGGUUUAGUUGCAUACAAACAAGAUAGCAAGAUACUGGGGAUGGCUACACAAAUCUAAGAGAUCUAAAGGGCGCCUUUCUUCUGUAUUUACAAGCAGUGAACAUCUUGUGUGAAAUUGAGUUAUUUGUUACCAGAAUUUUGAAAGAAAAGGCUAUGCUGUACAUUAAAUUGUUUAAAUAA